AUGGAACGAGUCACUGAUAAAGACCUACUUGUCAUCUACCAUUUCUCAAAGAAAACCCCUCUCAAUAUAGGAUAUUUGGUGCUCAACUAUCUCAAACACACUGGUCAUAGAGCAAGAAGCGCCCCCUAUGGUAUGCUUCUUACCAAAAUAUUCAAGCACUUUAAUGUUCCUCUGGACGAUGAGGACUCCUUCGAGAUCAACAAAAUCCUAGAUGCCUCCAAGUUGAAGCGCAUGAAAAUUCCUUCACUCAAGCGUGCACCAUCACCUAAACCUGAGGCCAAAUCAAAACGCCGGCAUCUUGUAAAGCAAUAUGCUCCAACUGAACCUUUAACAACAGGUACUGAAUCUCCUAACUCUCCAAACAGCCUGACCACAAAUUCUCCCAUUCCAUUAUCUGUGGCUCUUCCAAACACUGCUGACCUAGAAUCCCCACAAGCGCCCUCACCAAUCUCUCCUCAUGCCUCUAAAUCCAUAUCUCCAAACCCAAAGGAAACAAAUAAACAAUCUCCUGUAAUCACACAAUGCAUUGACCUCACAUCUACAUCACCAAUCCCAGUAGAAUCCUCACCACAAACAGUUGUCAUCACUCAAGCUCCAGUUUCUCUCCAAACUGAAACUAUCUCAAAUGUUUCAAGUCCUCCAAACCUAGAGACUUCUAACACUGACAUGAUCAACAUUUUCGCUCUUGAAAACCUUCUCUCAAGUCCUCCUAGUGCUUCAGCUCAUCAACCACCCUCACCAAUGUCUCCUCACACUCCUGCUUCAGCUCAGCUGUCCUCACUCAUAUCCAUGCUUGAGGCUGAAUUAUUAACUCCACCCACUUCAAAUCAACAAAAUUCAAUUAUUCCCCAUGUUGCCACAUACACUUCCCCUACUAUGACAACAAAUCCUCUCUCCACGACCUCACCUCUGAACUCUCCUAAUUCCUACAAAGAACCUUCUCCUAGAAGAAUUCAACUCUCCUCCAUCAAUCAUACAGACUCCAAUGAUCUCACUGCUCAGAUUGAAGCUUUUUUUAAUAACUCCGCUCAGCGAUCUGAACAAGGUGAUCCUACAGAAUCACAUGCCAUGCCUUCUGUUCCACAACCUGAUCCUUAUGUCUUCCAAACAAACUCUCCAAUAUUUUCUUCUCCUAAGGAAGAUGAUGAUAACUCCUUCAAUGUUCAAACACUGCUUGCUCCGAGGUAUGACUCAUCACCUCCUAGAAACACCACCAAUAAUUCCAAUACCCUUCCUCAGAUUCCCAUCACUUCCAUCACAUCCUCAUUUUUUAACAACUUCCCCAACAUUGGUAAUCGUCCUCCCGUUUACCCUCGAUCUGCAACCUCAUCUGAAACGGUUAACCCCCAUCAGGACGUCAACCUUCGAUCUUUUACAGCUCUCCAAAAGCAGUUAAUGGCUUACCAAAAAUUCUGGAUUGAUUAUGUCACUGAACAAGUAUGCCCGAGGUUUCCAGGAAUGCUUCCUCCGGAUCCCUCUCAGAUUCAGUUUCCAUUUCUGCCAUUAUCUUCUGAGGAAACUUCUGAUGAUGAACCAUCUGGUUCUUAA